UCGGUCAUCUUUGGGAUCACCAUCAGAUGGUAAGCUUGUUUCUGUGUUAUAAGUCCUCAGUGUCACACUCCUGAUGGAAACAAAGUUGGCAAAAAAUAACACUAGCACUUACGUUAACAUAAUCACUGGCGACACACUGGUGCUGUGAUGGAAAAAGGCACUAUAGAGAGAGAUUGUGUGUGUCCAAUCAAAUCCAAGUAAAUUUGUCACAUGACAGAAUACAACAGGUGCAAACCAUCCAGCUAAACGCUUACUUACAAGGUCUUCCUCAACAAUGCAGAGUUCAAUGUCAGAGGUACGAAUUAGAUACUCCAGAAUAGGAUCUUUAAAAAAGCACGGAAACAAAACUAGGUCAGAUAAACAUUUAAACACAAGAAAUAAAACACAAAAAUGCAAGCUACUGUAUAUACAAGGCUAGUACCAGUACCAUAUCAAUGUGCAGAGAUACGGUGGAAGUUGAGGUAAUAUGUACAUGUAGGCAGGGGAUAAAAAGGGACUGGGUAGCAGGAUAUAUAAAAAUAAAUGUGUGUGUGCGAGCAUAUGUGGCGUCAGUAUGUAUGUGCGUGUGUAUGUGUGUAGACCUGAGAGUGUGCAAAGAGUCAGUGCAGAUAGUUCGUGGAUGAGGGUGAGCAGCCAUCGGUUAGCUGUUCAACAAUCUUAUUGCUUGGAGAUAGAAGCUAUCUCGGAGCCUUUUGGUCCGUGACUUGAUGCUCCGGUAGCGUUUGCUAGACAGUAGUGUAGAGAACAGUCCAUGUCGGCUGAAGUCUGUGUGUGUCUGUGUGUUUGUGUAUAUACGUACACAGCUCACACACUCACUGGUUCCCUCUCUCCAGGCCCUGAUGACAGCACCAACCUGCUGUGUACAUGUGAAAACAAGAAGGGGACAUGUUUGAACGGCACCUGCAGGGGUGACUACUGCUUCUACACCAAGGUGCAUGGCAGAGAGGAGAAGGGCUGUUUCCAGAGGGACCACCACAAGGAACAGUGCUACACCAACUUCCAGGGACUGUACGUCCACUGCUGCUCCAAUAACUUUUGUAACGUCAACAGCACCGCUCCCCCAGACCCAGGUUAGAGCACUGCAACUUCUCUAGAACCUCCUUUCAAACAGUCUAGAACCCCCUAUCAUAUCUGGGCCUUGAGGUUCGCUGAUUUUCAUCCUUCCCCUCUAAUCAGGUAAGGAUUCAGACCUCAGUCAUACAGGCUUCUAAUGGAAACUCAGUGUCUGAUGUCCCCCUGGUGGCUGACAGGGGUAAUGCCAUGUGUUAAUUAAGUGAUAAUGCCCGAGAAGCCAGUGUUUGGAAAAAGGGCGCCAUUAAAGGAGUAAUUACUGGGGUAGCAGUAAAUGUAAAAGUUGACCAACUGAAGGGGAAGAUUUCUGGUGUUUGUGAUGCUCGUCGUUUGGUGCGACGCAAACAGGGUGGCGAGAGUGGGGAAACAGAAGAGUCAUUGUCUGUUCUUUUGAGUUUUGAAGUUGAGUCUUUGCCUGACAAAGUGAAGUUAGGAUAUAUAAGUUAUCCUGUACGAGCUUAUGUGCCGAAUAUAUUACGAUGUUACAGGUGUCAAACUUAUGGGCAUGUGGCAGCAGUGUGUAGGAGGGAGGUUCCAAGGUGUGAGAAGUGUGCAGAAGGGCAUGAGACAAAGGAAUGUGUAGCAUUGGGGAAAGUAGUGGUAUGUGCUAAUUGUAGGGGUGCCCAUGGGGCUGGGGAUCAGAAAUGUCCCGUGCGAGAGAGGCAGGUUGAGGUUUCCAGGGUAAGAGUAGUGAAGAAGUUGUCAUAUGCUGAGGCAGUGAAGAAAGUAGAGGAAGAUGGUUCAAAGGGGGAAGAGUGGUGAGAGUAGUAGAUAUGUACCAGUACAGAGGGAUAGGCCAACAAGUGAUAUAUGUUUCAGUAAGAUUGGAUUUUUAGCAUUUAUAGCAAUGGUUAUUCAUUGUACUGUAGGGAUGGAACGUAAGUAGAAGAAAAUUGAGGUUGUGGUGGCAGCUGCAGAGAGGUAUUUGGGUGUGCGAGACUCAGAAGAGUUACAGGGAGUGUUAAGUGGUGAUGUCCCAUCAUUUCAGGUUGAGGGCAUGAGGUAGGAAUGAAUAUAUUUAAAUAGUGGAGUAGGGUGGUGUUAAUUAUUAAUAAUAUUUUUGAAUUUGUGAGUGUAGUGUUAGAUGGUAGGGAAUUCUUUAUUUAAUUUUUCAAGCAAGUCUAGUAGGUGGUGGUAAUGCAACAAAUUGGAUGCCAACCGCCGUUAAACCUCAUCGAAGAAGAAGAAGAAGAAGAAGAAGGUGUUUGGAGGAUAUAUUGGCACUGGUGUAUUAUCACUUUUAUACAAGGGAUUACCAACGUAUUCAAAUAAUGAUUGACAUAUUUUCAUUAAAAACGUUAUUUUGAUGAAUUUAUUUAUACUAUUUCAUCCUUCCACAAGAUAUAGUCCCGACACAAAUCUAGGGUUGCUACCCAAGCUGGCUGGUAGUUCGUUCUAACGUUUCGGUUGCCAGAGACGCGACCCAGUCGUUGUCUUUUUGUUCUGUAUCUAUGGACGCGACCCAGUCGUUCGUUCUAAAUGUUCCAUUGCAAUACUGGCUGGCAACAUUCUAAUCCCUUGCUUGCUAGCUAGACAACUACGGCUAACUUAGUCACAUCAAAAAGUGCAACCAGAAUAACAGAAAAGUAGCUGCAUUUGCAUUUGUUUAAGCUGUUUUCUAGUGACAUUUAUUUGGCUUCAUCCAUAACAAUGGGCGCAAUUACGCCUGGCAUAGAGAAUGUGCUCACUCGUCAAGACACUGUUGUUCAGAGGAGCUAGCCAACAACACAGCUAACACAAUCACUUCAAACUGAAGCUGGAAAGACUGCAAACUAGCUGCACUUCGUUCCGUUUGACCUUUUUUCAAUUGACAUUUCUUUGUAUAUAUCCAUAAAAAUAAUGCCAGCUGAUUCAUGAUUUCGACUGGCUGAAACGCUGCCUGUCUGUCUUGUCCCAACCCCAACACCUUCAUUACUAUGGGACAGCUGGAGAUUGAAUUUGAAUAUUGAAUGUCAGAGAGACAGACAGCAAGGUGUAUACAAAUCUCUGCUGUUGAAAACUAAAUGUUAGUCUAAAAGGAAUGAGAUCAUGUCUAGAUGCAUUUUAUAGUGGAGAUCAAGUUUAUAAAUUGCUUGGCUGGGCUGAUGAGACAGUGGAUUGCGCAGUCAGAUGGAAAGGAGUAGAAACGUCAUAGAUUUAGCUGGUGGAAUAGACACCGGCUGGAAUGCGGUUUUAACCAAUUAGCAUUCAGGAUUAGACCCACCCGUUGUAUAAUAAUAAGAUACUGUAUGUCAACAGGCAUGUUUAAUCAAUAUGACCAACUUGCUUUUUAUACUACAUCAACUUUUCUGGAGUAACAUCAUCUCUAUCAUAUCUGGUUGGAGGUCCUGACCAGUUUGAAUACCCCUGUGGUCAGCUUAAAUCAAAGUCUGUCUUUGUACUGCUAUUCCCUCUUACCUGUAUGACUGUGUGUGUCCACUGUCCAUUAGUUGAGCCUCCAAGUGAGGAGGACAGUGUGAUUCUGCUGGUGGCAGUCCCUCUGCUGGUGUUGCUGAUCCUGUCCGUGGCUGUGUGUGGCCUGGUGCUGUGGCUACGCUCCAGACGACAGCACCACAGGCUGGGCUACAGAGAGGACCGUGACGUCUCCAUGCUCAAGGUGCCCAGUGGGGCAGACCCUACCUACGGGGUAAGAAUGGAAUUUCAUGAAAUUGAAUUGCACAGGAGGAAAUUGUGUCAUAGAAUCACUACCAAGCUCACAGGCACUUUAGCAAGAAUAUUGUUAUUUAUAUAAUGAAAUUGCAAUAUGAAAACCAGUGCCGGAUGGCUGUGAUCCUUGACAUGUGUGACUCUGUGUAGGAAAUCUUUGAUGAGUUCUGUACCUCAGGCAGUGGGACUGGCCUGCCAUACCUGGUACAGAGGACCAUGGCUCGGCAGAUCUCUCUGGUCGAGUGUGUCGGUGAGACAUCCCCUCCACUUAUUCACUCCCUCCUUUUCUAUCAGUCUGACUCUCUCUGUCAGUCUCUCAUUCAUCCAUAGCUGCGGUGCUAUACAGACCCUGUGAACUCACUCACUCAUUUACCAGUGUCUCAUGGACCUUCUAAAAAACAGGGUCAUCUCAAGGCCUACUAGCCUUGCGUUGCCAGACACAAUGGCUGGAGGCGAGGCUAUACUAAUGUGAACAGAUCAAUACGCCAAUCCUCUCCAUAGCUGUUAUUAUGUCUGAUGAGAACUUUGUGUGUGUCUGUGCUCUGUCCCUCUAUCCCCAGGUAAGGGCAGGUAUGGAGAGGUGUGGAGGGGCACCUGGAUGGGAGAGAGUGUUGCAGUGAAGAUCUUCUCCUCUAGAGACGAACAGUCAUGGUUCAGAGAGACAGAGAUCUACAACACUGUACAGCUCAGACACGACAACAUCCUGGGUGAGUCGACAUAACCUAUAAUCCAUGUUGUACAACAAGACAAAAACGGUUGUCUCAUGAUACUAUGGUUUUGGACUGGACUAAUUGCUUGCACUAAGCUGGAGUAUACAGAUAUGUGUAUCAAGUACAAUUAAUGUAUUUCUUUAUAUAUUGUGACUGGAAAAAUGCACUGCGCUAACCCAAUGCGCACUUAUCAAGAGUUAAUCAGCCGCGUGCGAUUUUUUCUCGAGCGGAUGGUCAGGAGCCGGAACAUAAUUACAAAUAAUUAGUCGACUGCAAAUUGACCACAAUAAGCCCAAACAGAACAGCCUAAAACAAUCAUUUCAAACCUUCCUUACAUUUAUAUAUAAUCACGUAUCUCUAUUAUGUGUGAGAAUACUUGGGAACAGAUUUACAAAAUUAAAAUAACUUGGAGCGGAUUUCCUGAUGUUUUUACAGUCUUUCAUGUCCAACCAUGAAAAACUAAGUAUAAUAAAACCACCCAGCCAGUUGGUGAAACCAUGGUCUACUGUAUCACUCAAUUCCUACCAACACUAAUACAAUAUCUCAUAGUUAACAUGCUCCCCCAGGCUUCAUAGCAUCUGACAUGACGUCUAAGAACUCCAGCACCCAGCUGUGGCUGAUCACCCACUUCCAUGAGCUGGGUAGUCUCUAUGACUUCCUCCAGUACAGCAGCCUGGACACAGAGGGCUGCCUAAGGAUGUGCCUGUCUGUAGCCUGCGGCUUGGUCCACCUCCACACGGAGAUCCUCAGCUGCCAGGGCAAGCCCGCUAUCGCCCACCGAGACCUGAAGAGCCGAAACAUCCUCGUCAAGAGGAACGGACAGUGCUGCAUCGCCGACCUGGGUAAGAACAGGAGGUGGGAGGGGAGGAAAGGGAUGAAGGAAUGAGAGCAGAAGGAGAGAGCGCUAGGGUGCUAGGAAUGGACAGAGAAAGGAGGGGGGCAAAGUCCAUUCUCUGAAUUGCUGCUGCCUGUUUAUGAUACGCCUGGAGAGACCACAUAGACAGCAUUCAUUACUUUUUCCUGUGUUCCUGGGUUGUGUUCCGUAUGGCACACUGUAGAAAAAACAUGUUAGAAAAAUCUGUGUUAUUAUUGUACAAAUUCAGGUAUGACCUCCCUGUUUCACUCUGUUUAAAAAUGUUUUCUCCCUACUGAUCAUGACCCUGUUGCGUCUCCAGGCCUGGCUGUGAUGCAUUCUCAGACCAGUGAUUACCUGGACGUGGGGAACAACCCCAGGGUGGGCACCAAGCGCUACAUGGCACCGGAGGUUCUGGACGAGAGCAUCCGCAUGGACAUCUUUGAGUCGUACAAGCAGACAGACAUUUGGGCCCUGGGCCUGGUUCUCUGGGAGAUUUCCAGAAGGACCAUUGUCAAUGGUAACGACACGCACACACGCAACUAGGAGGUCAACAAAACACUCUAUCGUCUUUAUUUAAAACAUGUACUGUGGUCCAGUUGGUAAGAUCGUGGUGCUGGUAACGUCAAGGUCGUGGGUUCAAUUCUCGCAGGGAUCACAUACACUUACAAAAAAUGUGCUGUACUCACUGUACUGUACAUUGGAUAAUAUGAACCCACAUACUGUAUGAACCCAAUCUAACCAAAGGGAUAUGGGAUAUGUUUCUCAUGAUUGAACAAGUAAAUACACUUACACUCAUACUAUACCAUCUACUUAAGCAAAUGGUAUUGAAAAUACAUUUUAUACAGUCUUAGUACUACACCCAGUACUAUUGGAUAUCUAGAAUCUGUAGAGUGCAGGAGGGGGUGAGCCCAUAUCUUUCAUCACUACAAUGUUGUUCUAUCUGGGAGUCUGUGUUUGUAGCUGCGUCUGUUUCUGUCUCUAUCCUCUCCCAUGAUUAGCCCUCUAGUAAUUAUAAACACUCUUAUCUAGUGUCAGCACUCUCCCACCUCACAUAGUCCAGAUGCUCUCCCUCUCUCUAACACACAUGCGUACACACACAUGGUCGCACGCACACACACAUUCACAGAUGCACACGCACGCACACAAACAGGCGCGCAUGGUCGCACGCACACACAGCCAGACCUCCCAGAACAAUACACUCUCUGUCCAGGGAUUCAGUAUCUCUCUGCUCUCUUUUUAGUCCAACAUAUAGCCCAACACUCCUAUUCUCAAGUUCAGUGUACUAUUUCAGUCCUGAAUGAAGUGAAAUAUGUACAGUGGGGGAAAAAAGUAUUUAGUCAGCCACCAAUUGUGCAAGUUCUCCCACUUAAAAAGAUGAGAGAGGCCUGUAAUUUUCAUCAUAGGUACAUGUCAACUAUGACAGACAAAUUGAGAUUGUUUUUUCCAGAAAAUCACAUUGUAGGAUUUUUAAUGAAUUUAUUUGCAAAUUAUGGUGGAAAAUAAGUAUUUGGUCAAUAACAAAAGUUUCUCAAUACUUUGUUAUAUACCCUUUGUUGGCAAUGACACAGGUCAAACGUUUUCUGUAAGUCUUCACAAGGUUUUCACACACUGUUGCUGGUAUUUUGGCCCAUUCCUCCAUGCAGAUCUCCUCUAGAGCAGUGAUGUUUUGGGGCUGUCGCUGGGCAACACGGACUUUCAACUCCCUCCAAAGAUUUUCUAUGGGGUUGAGAUCUGGAGACUGGCUAGGCCACUCCAGGACCUUGAAAUGCUUCUUACGAAGCUACUCCUUCGUUGCCCGGGCGGUGUGUUUGGGAUCAUUGUCAUGCUGAAAGACCCAGCCACGUUUCAUCUUCAAUGCCCUUGCUGAUGGAAGGAGGUUUUCACUCAAAAUCUCACGAUACAUGGCCCCAUUCAUUCUUUCCUUUACACGGAUCAGUCGUCCUGGUCCCUUUGCAGAAAAAACAGCCCCAAAGCAUGAUGUUUCCACCCCCAUGCUUCACAGUAGGUAUGGUGUUCUUUGGAUGCAACUCAGCAUUCUUUGUCCUCCAAACACGACGAGUUGAGUUUUUACCAAAAAGUUAUAUUUUGGUUUCAUCUGACCAUAUGACAUUCUCCCAAUCCUCUUCUGGAUCAUCCAAAUGCACUCUAGCAAACUUCAGACGGGCCUGGACAUGUACUGGCUUAAGCAGGGGGACACGUCUGGCACUGCAGGAUUUGAGUCCCUGGCGGCGUAGUGUGUUACUGAUGGUAGGCUUUGUUACUUUGGUCCCAGCUCUCUGCAGGUCAUUCACUAGGUCCCCCCGUGUGGUUCUGGGAUUUUUGCUUACCGUUCUUGUGAUCAUUUUGACCCCACGGGGUGAGAUCUUGCGUGGAGACCCAGAUCGAGGGAGAUUAUCAGUGGUCUUGUAUGUCUUCCAUUUCCUAAUAAUUGCUCCCACAGUUGAUUUCUUCAAACCAAGCUGCUUACCUAUUGCAGAUUCAGUCAUCCCAGCCCAAUUUUGUUUCUGGUGUCCUUUGACAGCUCUUUGGUCUUGGCCAUAGUGGAGUUUGGAGUGUGACUGUUUGAGGUUGUGGACAGGUGUCUUUUAUACUGAUAACAAGUUCAAACAGGUGCCAUUAAUACAGGUAACGAGUGGAGGACAGAGGAGCCUCUUAAAGAAUAAGUUACAGGUCUAUGAGAGCCAGAAAUCUUGCUUGUAUGUAGGUGACCAAAUACUUAUUUUCCACCAUAAUUUGCAAAUAAAUUCAUAAAAAAUCCUACAAUGUGAUUUUCUGGAUUUUUUUUUCUCAUUUUGUCUGUCAUAGUUCACGUGUACCUAUGAUGAAAAUUACAGGCCUGUCACAUCUUUUUAAGUGGGAGAACUUGCACAAUUGGUGGCUGACUAAAUACUUUUUUCCCCCACUGUAUACUGUAUGUAUAUUAAGCCAAUGUAUACAAUCCAAAUCGAAUAUAAUCUGAGAGAAGAUAAACACUCUUAUCUUUGAUGUAGUCUUCUCCUUUCUGUGUCUUGAAAUCUAGAAUUGUAUUUCAAUGUCACUGAGUGUCAUGAUGUCUGUAGUGUUCCCACCAAACCCUCCCCACCUCAAUCAUCAUUACAUAAGAUCUUAUGUUGGCUGACUCCUUUUACUUGGAAUGAAGACACAGACAUACUGGUACUGACUGUAUAUGUAACAUGUAUUCAUAAUGUGCGAUUGUGUGUUGUUCCAGGGAUAGUGGAAGAGUACCGGCCACCCUUCUUUGACAUGGUGCCCUCUGACCCCAGCUUUGAGGAGAUGAAGAAGGUGGUGUGUGUAGACCAGCAGAGACCCAUUCUGCACAACAGACUGCACUCACACCCGGUGAGAGAAACACACACAGGCAUUAGUUUGGGGUGACUUGUAAAGCUCUUGCAGCUCUUGUCUUAUGGUCUCUCUCUCUCUCUCUCUCUCUCUCUCUCUCUCUCUCUCUCUCUCUCUCUCUCUCUCUCUCUCUCUCUCUCUCUCUCUCUCUCUCUCUCUCUCUCUCUCUCUCUCUCUCUCUCUCUCUCUCUCUCUCUCUCUCUCUCUCUCUCUCUCUCUCUCUCUCUCUCUCUCUCUCUCUCUCUCUGUGUGUGUGUGUGUGUACAGAUCCUGGCUUCCAUUGCCAAGGUAAUGAAGGAGUGUUGGUUCCAGAGCCCCCCAGCCCGCCUCACAGCUCUCCGUGUCAGAAAGACUCUCUCCAAGCUAGACCAGGACCAUGGCUACCCCACAGAGAAACUCAAAAUGGACCUGUAGGCCUCAACACCAAACUACAAGCAGGAUGUCUAGACCUAACAUAAGACUACAACCAGCACACCAAAAGUAGGGCUUAUAGUCUUGUAUAGAGACUAUCUAUAUCCUCUCCUACUACUUAAGACUCUGUGUCCCAUAUAUCUAGUGCUUCUUCAUAAAAGCCCCCACCAACCUUGAGUAUACUGCCUGGAUCAUUUAAUCAGGAAUACAAUAGAAAAAUGUAAUGUAUUGGCUUUGUCAUAUUUAUCUGCUGAGAUCUGGAAUGGGAAGCAUAGGAAUAGACAUAUAAGGACUUGGACUUGGAUUUUUCUAUGGACAUAACCAUUUGCCAGGAACUGCCUGAUUACUCCUGUUGAAGAGUUCACUGACUUACGGACUUCCAUAGAACAUGGACAUUGUCCUCUCCUAGGGGCCCACCGGAUUGAGAGAUCUUAGAGUUUGGUGGAUGUGGGCCUUGUACUGUGAUGCUUUAGGAAUGGAUGUCUCACCGUUGGAUCACUGAGGCCUUGUGGUCAUACAGUGAGAUCAUUUCAAGCGGCCGUUCAUGUCUUGCUAGUUUCUUAUUUGUUUCGAUGCACUAUACAUAAUCUAUACAUAUUGAUUUAUUUUGUAUUUCCUGAAAACCUUUUCAGCUAUACCAUAUAAAGUACCCUGGUAGUGCUCCCAUUACUACAAUCUGUUACUCAUGAUCAUAUUGUAAGCACAGAGCUAAUAAAUCAGUUGUAUCUAUUCUAACAAUAGAAUAAUGUACCUUUCACCGGCAUUGGAUUUAUUGUAAAAGCUGUUUAAAGUUAAAGUACUUCUAUAUUUUAUUAUGUUGAUUAUAUACAUGUAUUUUUAUUUGUUUUUAUCUGAAAUUAUAUCUGCAAUACUUUCAGCACAGAGUUACCAUCAUUAUCAUCACUACCAUUCAACAAUAUUUAAAAGGGAAAUAAAAAACAUUACAUUGUUUACAGG